GGUGUAGGGCACGCCAUUACCGGCUUGGGCGGGCUCUCUCGGGGAGGGACUUGUGGGUAAAUUAGGUCUCCCGCCCGCCGAGGAGAUGGAUGAGGACGGGCUUCCCCUCAUGGGGUCAGGCAUAGACCUGACCAAGGUGCCUGCUAUUCAACAGAAGAGAACGGUGGCCUUUCUAAACCAGUUUGUGGUGCACACUGUGCAGUUCCUCAACCGCUUUUCUACCGUGUGUGAGGAGAAACUGGCAAACCUUUCUCUACGUAUUCAACAAAUUGAAACAACUCUCAAUAUUUUAGACGCAAAGUUGUCUUCCAUCCCAGGCCUGGAUGAAGUCAGAUUUGAAGUGUCUGCUGUAAGUGUCACAAAUGACUCACGUUCUGAAACUGCUCUGGAGCCAUCACAAAAUAGUGUACAAGAGUCUGGACCCCAGGAAAAUGAGGUAUCAGCAGAAAAUAUUGUAACUGUAGCCAAGGAUCCAAGAUACGCCAGAUAUCUUAAAAUGGUUCAAGUGGGUGUUCCAGUGAUGGCAAUAAGGAACAAAAUGAUGUCAGAAGGUCUGGAUCCAGAUCUUCUUGAAAAAGCUGCUGCCCAACCACAGCCUGGAGCCUGAAUUCCGACCCAUUACCUCAUAAGUGCUAUGCCAUUGGUUACCAGGGGCACUGGUUAAAGUGGAGAUGACUCACAAAAACUUGACACGAAUAAUAGCAAAGCAGUUCCAACUGCAGUUAAAUAGGUAUGAUAAGUGGAAUCCACCACCUUAUUAACAAGGAUUCUGGCACUUUGGAUGAUGGUGUUUACAUAAAGCUUAAAGAACCUCACUUUGGGAGAAGAGAAUAUGAUGAAAGAUAAGAAAAUGUGCCAUCUGAGAGAAAAGUACACUUUUAAUUAGAAUGUUAGGUUCUUAUUGAGCCUCAAGCAAGAUCUUUAGUAAACACUGGUAUGUUUUAUUUUUUUUUAGUUAUAAAUACAUACUUUAUCUUUUAUUAGCUUCAGAUACUAAGACAAACUGUAUCACUGUUGGAAGAAAUAGCCCAGAUCCUGUCUGCACUGAGCAAAGAACAAAGCUGAGGUUAAUUUGGAAACAGUCUUGUUCAUAAAAUAUUUUGGUAUUCAGUUGUCAUGUGUAUAAAAUUUGGAAGCUCAGUGUACACAAUUUAAAAGUGCCAUAUGAUAGAAAAAAAGGAAAACCUGGCACUUUUCCUAGAAAAAUGAUUGUCAUAGAGUUGAAAUCUGCAAAACUGAAGAAAGUGCCUGAUGAUUACUGACUAAAUACUAUUUAUUUGACACUUAUAAGUGAAUGUUUAUUUUUGAAAAC